AUGGGCAUUUUGUUAGUGGACCUAUCCAAUCUCCAGAUUAAGAUUCCAGACCGGGACUACAAGCGACAAGCCUCCGCUUUACGGAAACAAUACUUCAACAUUACACAAACCACCAUUAUAGCACUACAAAAUGUCUUGAGUGACGGCUUCGGUGGAAUCCGCGAUCUCAAGUCUCCCUAUAGGGACUACGUUGAUAGAAUUUCCAAAAAGCUGUUAUACCCAGCAUUAGGAAUGAAUCAGUCCAUUGUUGGUUUCCUGUCUGGGCUUGGGCGAUCAAGCGACAUACCUGCAACGUUGGACAACGUCGCUCUCAGUUUGACGAAUCGGAUAAGAGAUCGAGAGCUAGAGGUAAGCCCGAAGGUCGGAAAUGCAACAAGCAUGGUAAUCGUUACACGUGUGCGAUGGAAUUACCUAUGGUUUCCUGGUGCAAGUCUCUUAACCGGAAUGAUGUUUGCGGUUCUGUGUAUGUGGGAGACGCAGAAGUUGAAGAAGCCGGCACUGAACGAUAGCAUACUGGCGACUUUGGCAUGUGCGCCGGAUGAAGACUUGCGGUUAUGCCUGAAACAAGCUGCUGCCACUGAAAGAUUACAAGAGGUUGGAAGAUAG